GCCCAAUAAACCACUUAAAGUUGUUACGUAUUCGGUUAUUCCUAUCGAAUCAAUCGAACAUUGAAGAAGGUUCUAUACUACUCCAUCGUGAUCAAAUCAUCAUUUUGCUGUGUGCGUUUGUGUGUUCUUGAAAUUCUCGUGUUCUUCAAAAAUCUGACAUGGCAACUGCAUCAGCGGCUUUCAAAUCUAGAGAGGACCACAGGAAACAAGUCGAAUUGGAGGAGGCGCGUAAAGCAGGGCUUGCUCCAGCUGAGGUUGAUGAAGAUGGGAAAGAGAUUAACCCUCAUAUACCCCAGUAUAUGUCUUCUGCUCCAUGGUAUUUGAAUGCGGAGAAACCUAGUCUAAAACAUCAAAGGAAAUGGAAAUCAGAUCCAAAUUAUACAAAAUCUUGGUAUGAUCGAGGUGCAAAAAUAUUUCAGGCUGACAAGUAUAGGAAGGGAGCUUGUGAAAACUGUGGAGCAAUGACUCAUAAUGUGAAAUCAUGCAUGGAGCGACCUAGAAAGAUUGGAGCAAAAUGGACCAACAUGCAUAUUGCUCCUGAUGAGAAAAUAGAAACAUUUGAACUUGAUUAUGAUGGCAAGCGGGAUCGGUGGAAUGGUUUCGAUCCAGCAACCUAUGCUCGUGUUAUUGAAAAAUAUGAACAAAGGGAUGAGGCUCGGAGGAAGUACUUGAAAGAACAGCAGUUAAGGAAAUUGGAAGAGAAAAAUAAUAAACAAAAAGGAGAAAAUGAGGUUAGUGAUGAUGAUGAGGAUGAAGAUACCCUGAAGGAUGAUGAGGCUAAAGUUGAUGAGAGCAAACAGAUGGACUUUGCCAAGGUUGAAAAGCGAGUUAGAACUACUGGAGGUGGCAGUACAGGAACUGUAAGAAAUUUGCGUAUCCGGGAGGACAUUGCCAAAUACCUUUUAAAUCUUGAUGUCAAUUCAGCUUAUUAUGAUCCAAAGACCCGUUCCAUGCGAGAGGACCCCCUUCCUGAUGCAGAUCCUAACGAGAAAUUCUAUGGUGGAGACAACCAAUAUAGAAUAAGUGGUCAAGCUUUAGAGUUCAAGCAACUUAAUGUUCAUGCUUGGGAGGCAUUUGAGAAAGGGCAAGAUAUCCACUUGCAAGCUGCACCUUCCCAAGCUGAAUUGCUGUUUAAGGAUUUUAAGAUAAUCAAAGAGAAGUUGAAGUCACAAACAAAGGCUGCCAUAAUGGAGAAGUAUGGAAAUGCAGCAACUCAAGAAGAGCUUCCAAAAGAGCUUCUUUUAGGACAAACAGAGAGACAAGUUGAAUAUGAUCGUGCUGGAAGAGUCAUUAAAGGCCUGGAGACCUCUCUGCCAAAAAGCAAGUAUGAAGAAGAUGUAUAUAUUAAUAAUCACACUAGCGUAUGGGGUUCCUGGUGGAAGGAUCACCAAUGGGGCUACAAAUGUUGUAAACAAACCAUACGAAACAGCUACUGCACUGGGGCAGCAGGAAUUGAAGCUGCCGAGACAGCAGCAGAUUUAAUGAAGGCAAACAUUGAACAUAAAGCAGCAUCUGAAGAUACUCCUACUCAAGCAGAGGAGAAAAAGCUUGCUGCUUGGGGAACUGAUGUGCCUGCUGACCUUGUCCUGGAUCAGAAAAAACUUGCCGAUGCCCUUAAAAAGGAGGAUGAAAGAAAGAGGGAGGAAAAAGAUGAGAGGAAGCGCAAGUAUAAUGUUAGAUGGAAUGAUGAGGUCACUCCUGAGGAGAUGGAGGCAUAUAGGAUGAAAAGGGUCCAUCAUGAUGAUCCAAUGAAAGAUUUUCUGCAUUAGGUUGUCUUGUCCUUAAGUGGUUGUUGCUAUCAUUAUAUCAGUUUGGAAGAAAUAUUACAAAACAAAAUUACUAACAGCCAAUGUUGAUUGUUUUGGUUCCAAUAUCGGUUGGUGUUUUGUAAAUGUCAUAGACAAAAGGAAUCUUUGAGGAGAGUUUCAAUGGCAUUUUGCUAGGAACCCUAGAAGGAUUACACUAAUUUAAGGAAGACUGAAAGAUCUUAUACCAUUUAUUUGUUACAA